CUGUGCGCUGUGUAGAUGGUACGGAGCAAUUUGAAACACAGUCCUUACUUCUGGGAACCUCAUCAUUUCCUUACGGUUGCAUAUUUGCAUCUACGUUGUGCAAACGACGUCAUAUCUGUAUGACUUUCGGACGGAGCUGUAAUUAUGACUAACGCUACUCAUUUUGUUGACGCGUAAGUUUCUUGGAUGCACUGUCCGUGGCGCCUAUGUGGAGUGACGUAAUCCUCUCUGGCAGGCAUUCGAACUCUAACGCAUACAGUCUUGUUUACCAGCCUCCUGUGUAAACCCGCAGAUCUGUGACACCGGUGACCCACCGCAGAUAGUUUACUAGCAAUCUGAACUUAUUUCUAGAAAGUUACUCGCGCCGUCGCAGCGGCACCUGAGAGACCAGCAUGCCUGAGGAACAGCGGGACAAGCAAUGCCCGGAAGGUGUGGUACGAAGCCGCCGGGUUGGUUCGUACGUCUUCUGCGAGCACUUUCCCGCAGAGAUCCUCCAAGCAGCCCUCGCUUACCGCCACCGGCCCGGCGAGGUUUACGUGGUGACGUACCCGAAGUGUGGCACCACCUGGAUGCAGCACAUUCUCUACCACGUGUACACCCUUGGCGAGCCGCCACCCACGGCCGAGCAUUUCUUCCGCAGCAUGCCUUUUCUUGAGAGGCACGGCGUAGAGGCCGUCUCUGAACUCUCUUUUCCCGGCAGUGCAAUCAAGACGCACAUGGUGUACGACGAAGAUCGAAUCUGCCCUGAAGCCAAGUACAUCUACGUGGUGCGAAACCCUUUCGACUGCUGCGUCUCCUUCUACCACCACUACAAGCUCUAUCCCAUCUACCAGUUUGAAAGAGGCACCUUCGACGAAUUCUUUGAGCUCUUCCUCUCCGGGGACGUGGACGGUGGAGACUAUUUCGACCACCUGUUGUCCUGGUACCCGCACCGAAAUGACCCCAACGUCCUUUUCGUCAGGUACGAGGAUUUGAAGCGGGACACUGAGUCCUGGGUUCUAGCGGUGGCGGACUUUCUCGGAGCCGAGUACGGAAAAGCGCUCCGCUCUGACCCCGGCGUCCUGGCCAAGGUGCUGAAAGCCGCGAGCGUGACCGAAGUCCGAAGGCUAGCGCGGCUCGAGCGAGAGUACCAGGCUGAGUUCAUGGCCCACACACCCAGGCACAGGCUACCUCGGUGGGCACAGUUGUACCUGGACCACUCCGGACACCGCGCAACCAGCAAGCACACCGAAGGCACAAGCGUAGUCAGGAAAGGUGUUGUGGGAGACUGGAAGAACCACUUCAACGCGGAACAGGUGCAGAGGAUGAAAGACAAAGCGGCGCUGAAGUCUGGCCAGAUCAACUUGUUGAGCCUGUGGGGAGACUGCCUCGCCCUUUAAGAGAAGCGAGAAAAAUCUUUCUGCAUAAAUUCUUCG